CCUCGUCGUCUGCUGUAUAUAUAUUUACAGUAAGACUUAACACCUCAUCACAUCAGAUAACAGGGAGACAGACAGACAAGCAAACGGAGCGAUUGGGGUGAGGGGAAAGGAACUUCACUGCGGACAUGAUGCUGCUGCUGGGACUGGUGCUGAGUACAUUGAUCGUCAGUGACAUUGCAGUUUAUCAUCUGCCUAUGCAGAAUUCAACACAUUUGGAUUGGAGCGAUGAGAAACAUAAUCCACUGGGCAAUGGGGAUUGUUCUGGUGGCAUUGCUUAUUUUGGUUAUUGCUACAAGUUUGUUUCUGAGAAAAAGACUUGGAUUGAGGCUGAGAUGCAUUGCCGAGACUUGGCUCCAGGGGGCCAUCUUGCUUCCGUGCACUGGGUGGAUCAGUAUAUCCUUCUUGCAGAAAUGAUACAUCAAUCCCAAAACGGUUAUCCUCCAACUUGGAUCGGUUCGAAUGACGUCCAUAAGGAGGGGACUUUCCUCUGGAGUGAUGGAUCGACAGGAGAUUUUUUGCUUUGGGCUAAAGGUGAACCCAAUGAUUACAACGCACAGGAAGACUGUGUGCACACUUUCAAAAUGAAUUCACUUUUUUGGAAUGAUGCGGCUUGCAAUUUACAAAUAUCUUUCCUUUGCUCCUACAAACUGCCAUGUCCCUGCUCACCCUGAAAGAAUCUAUUGCUGCUCCAUGGAUCAUGUCUGGGGGUCGAUCUCGUGCUUCAAUUUGCUUGUAGUUGUAGUCACAGCCAAUGAUGACUGUACUGCCCUCGUUUCUCGGCCGUGAAUAAAAAUUGCAUCAUGA